CGCUGUCUCCCUUCCCUCGUGUGAAAAGCCUUCUUCUUCUUCUCUCCCUUUCUCCCUUCAAAUGUCUCAAGUCCUCUCAAAAUCUCCCAUACACUGUGCAGAUAAAGAAGAACUGAACAUUGGCAAGUUCAACAAGAAGUUAUUUUUAACUCUCUCUUCCUUUUUCACAAUAAUUCUAGCUGUGAUCUUCCUCAUUUGGCUUAUUCUCCAUCCUGCAAAACCUGAGUUCUCCCUCAGGGAAGCUGACAUCUUCCAGCUUAAUCUCACUGGUCCUCAACUUCUCAACUCCUCAAUCCAACUCACCCUCUUCUCAAGAAACCCCAAUAAUAAGGUUGGCGUUUACUAUGAUGAGCUACAGGCUUAUGCUGCUUAUAAAGGACAGCAAAUUACUCUGGAUACGUCUCUUCCUCCUUUCUACCAGGGCCAUGAAGAAAGCAACCUGUUAACAGCAUCUCUAGAGGGGACAGGGCUGCCAAUGACUCCCUCAUUUGGAUACGAAGUGGGACGUGAUCAGACUGCUGGAAGACUAGUCCUAAACCUGAAGGUAAACGGGAAGCUGCGAUGGAAGGUAGGGACUUGGGUUUCCAGGCGGUAUAACUUCAACGUCAACUGUAUCUCUGUUAUGGCGUUUGGGCCAGCUGUCACACUUCCUCUGAGUUCAAAGCAAGGAACUCAGUGUUCUACUUCUGUGUAAACUGCCAAUAUUUCUUGCUUAGGAGGUUUCUAGUUUUGUAUUAAUUAACAGGUUGCUGUUAUAAGUGGUUGUAAUUAUGUUAUCAUAAAAUUGAAAGAUUGUAUUAUCACAAGUGAUAAUGAAAAGUUUGUUUAGAUUGUUUUUGUUAUCUUCUAUUCUUUUUCUUGAUUCUUGUUUCUGACCAGAAUUUGCUUUUCAUGUGCUUUGGUGGGGAUUCAAAAAGAAGGCGUAAUAGUCUUUGUCGUAUCCAAACAAUCUAUUUUGCUUUUUGAUCAACAAGAAAAAUUACAUUAAUAAGAAGUACAGCUCCAGAUCCAACUCAUCACUACAAAAGAUGGAGUCAAGAUCCAAGUAUGUAAAUGCUAAAUGGGGUACGCAAGACCCAUUCAAUUACAACUCCAGUUCUGGCAUUUGGAAAAACCCUAGCAGAUUUUAAAAUGAAGCUGUUGGUGAAAGGAAUCACUAAACUCUUCAAUCAAAUGAUUCAAAUCAU